AAUAAUAAAUAAAAUUAAAAAAAUGGGGGAUGACGAUGACGAUAAUAAUAAUACUAAUAAUAGUAAAAAAUCAUAUGAAUCAGAUAGUAGUAGUACUUGGGAUUUCGCUGGUGACGAGACUCAAGUUUUUGAUAGUCAGAUCGUUGAUUCUCCUAUUUCUAUAUCUGGUAAUAAAGUCGAUGAUGAUGAGACUGAGCAAUUACAUAAUGUACCAAGUACCAUUCCUUUUGAUGACACUGUCAUGUUCGAAGAAGAUGACUUAGUGACCCAAUUGAUGGAUCCUGAUGGUGAAACCCAACUUUUUAGCCUUGGAGGUGAAACCCAAGUGGUGAACUUUGAUGCUGAAGUUGAAGAGAUGGACAUUCCUGAUUCUGCUGAUAAUAAUAAUGAGACUCAGUUAUUCAAUGAUUGUGAUACUGAAGAAGUCAUACUUACUGAUGAUGAAGUAACUGAGAAGACUGAAGUGGUGGAUGACUCUGAUGAUCUUUCUGAUGAAGAUUCUGGAAGGAAAGAAUGUGAUAAUAUAGCAGACAUGGAGCAUGCACUGAAUAUGCAUCAAUGCAAGGAAGAAAUGAAGGAUUCUAAGUCGAAAUCAGAUUGUGGAAGAAGCGGGCUACAUACUUCAGCAGGAGUUGGUUUCAAGACAUUUACCUCGAUUCGUACAGCGUCUAUGAGGGCUUUUGGUCUGGCGGCACUCAGUAAAGCUUCUCGAAGAAGUAAGAGUCCAGCUUGUCCUUUAACUUCAGAACCUGAUAUAGAACAUACAAGAAUACUAUCAGCAAAGAGUCAAUCUCAAACACCUGAGAAUCAAGACAAGCCAGUUGAUGGAUUGGAAUUGGGAAAUAUAUGUAGAUUUGGUAGGUCAACUGCAAGGAAACUUUUUGCCGAGGAUGCAAUUGAUGAAAUCAAAGGGGUGAAUGGCAGUAUUGACCCUUGUGAAACAGCUGACUUGGCUGGGCUAAGCUAUAUUGAUUCUCAAGAACCUGGAGAUGCUUCACAAGCAAACGCCCUUAACUUUGUGGACAACUUUUUGAAAAUUAAUAUCGAGUGUGAUAAUAGUUGUGGCAUUAACAAGGCAACAGGUGGCAAAUCAAAGCCGGUUUUAAGUGCUAAAGGAGCUCAAAGUUUUGCCAAAAGUGCUAGUCUUAUCAAUGCAGUUGAUGAAAGAAGGGUAUUUGAAUGGGAAUUUAAUCAUGAAGAUGAAGAAGGUGAGUUUUUUAUAAAAAAUAAGGAAGUUUUCUUUGCUAGCGCAGGUCGGCAGAUGAAAUCUGCCAUCUCUUCUGGAAAGGGCAGGAAAUUGACAGAGUCUGACUCGAAAUUGGUGUUGGCUAAAAAUAAAGGAAAUAGUAAAUCAAAGAAAAGCUUAGGAACACACAUUAAAGAUGUGAUGUCUAGAGAAAAUCUUAAUAAUAAGUUGGAUAGACAGUCAACAUAUCCGCCAAGUCGCGUAGAUAUUCAAGAAACCGUUCAAGAAACAACAGAGGUUCGCUUUGACACUCAAAUGGCUGCUGAUGCGAUGGAAGACCUAUGCCUGGGGUUGCAAGGGACUGCUCAUGAAUCUACUAAAGCUGACUCAGGUUGCAGCCGUGUGCAAAUGGUUUCCCAUAAAAGUCAAAUCCCAUCUGGGUGUAAUGGAGUCAUAACAACACGGUACAAGUCAAUGAGCAGAGGUGAUCAGUCAAUGGAAGUGAAGCGAGCCAGUUCAGUUUCCAAAAAGAAUGUUGUGGGAAAUGAUAGAGAAAAACAUGACAAAGUAUUGUCUAAUGUGGCGAAAAGAAGAGGAAAGGUGUCCCUUAAAAGAAGAGAAGUCAACACAGUUGACCAAAUGCCGAUCAAGAAACAGCGUCUGCAAAAUGUUUCAUCUGCUGACCAAAUGUUAGUCAAGAAACAAUGUAUGCAAAAUGUUACACCUGUAGCUCGGCGAACUAGACAGUACAUGAAAGAUAACAAGGUCGGCAAGGUUCACGAUGCUCCAAGUAAUUCUCCUCUUACUGGAUUCCCUAAAGGCAAAAGAACUAGCCAUAAGUUGCCAUCUGCAAGACAAGUUAGUACCCGAUCUGUCUCCAGAUUAAAAUUAAAACCUGCUGUUUUGACGGAACAAGCAAAAGGAUGUAAUGAUACCAAUCAUCAGUCUAGUCAUGGAAAUGGAAUUAGACCACUCCCGGAAAGGAGUGAAUCAAAUCUUUCAGCAUGUACAACUCCUUCAAGUCGUGGGACCCCUAUAAAGGAAUCAUCUCCAAUAUGCAAGGGUGACGAGUAUCUUAAGCAGUCAUGCAGAAGGCUGUCUCUUAUUCAAGAAGUUAUGAGCUUAUCUCCCACAGGAGCACCAAUUACAUCUCCAAAUAAAGAGACAAGAAAGAGGAAAGAUGUGUCUAUGAUCCGUGUUCUGUUCAGUCGCCACUUAGAUGGAGAUAUCAUUAAACAGCAAAAAAAGAUUCUUACUCGAUUGGGGGCAUCGGAGUCAUUAUCAAUGUCAGAUGCAACACAUUUCAUAGCAGAUGAUUUUGUACGCACGAGAAAUAUGUUGGAGGCAAUUGCUUUUGGCAAGCCAGUUGUUACUCAUCUCUGGCUUGAGAGCUGUGGACAAGCUUGCUGUCACAUUGAUGAGAAAAACUUUAUACUGAAAGAUGCUAAGAAGGAGAAAGAAUUUGGUUUUAGUCUUCCAGCUUCAUUGGCACGUGCACGGCAAAAUCCACUUUUGAAGGGGCACAAAGUCUUGAUUACACCAAAUACAAAGCCUGGUAAAGAGAUAUUAUCAAGCUUGGUUAAAGCAGUUCAUGGUGUGGCUGUUGAGCGAAUGGGCAGAAGUGGACUGAAGGAUAGUAAAAUUCCUGUGGGAUUACUGAUUCUAUCGUGUGAAGAAGACUAUGCAGCCUGUGUUCCUUUCCUUGAGAAAGGAGCAGCAAUAUAUAGUUCAGAGCUUCUACUCAAUGGCAUUGUUACCCAGAGAUUGGAAUAUGAAAGGCAUCGCCUCUUUGUGGAUCAUGUGAAGAGAACCCGUUCUACAAUUUGGCUGAAGAAAGAUGACAACCAGUAUAAGCCAGUUGGUAAAGUGAAAUAAAUGGCCACCCGCGUAAUAUUUCACUGACAUGCUUCUGCACAUACUUGCCAAUCUGUAUUUGAUCUUGUUUUUUUAGCUUUACCAUGUAAAUAUGAGAAAAUAGUGUAGUUUUAGAAAUGCAAGAGGUUAUUUAUUUCUUUCAACAUUUUGAUUGUAUGAUUUCUUGAACUCUUAAAGAGAUUAGUAGAUGUUUCUCAA